AUGUCUCUACAUCUCUCGCAACUACGGAAAUGGAUACUAGAAUCACCUCCCAUCGAAUGGAGCAUCAAUCAGCUACGAGAAAUGCUGAUUGGAGCCUUGCGACAAGGCCCAAUACCACAACAUAUAGCUUUCGUAAUGGAUGGAAACCGGAGGUUUGCCCGGAGUCACAAAAUAGAAACAGUGGAAGGGCAUAAUUUGGGAUUCGAAGCUUUGGCAAGGAUAUUAGAGAUAUGUUAUAAGUCCGGUGUUAAGGUCGUCACAGUCUAUGCAUUUAGUAUAGAGAACUUCAAGCGCUCGAAAUACGAAGUCGACGCCUUGAUGGACAUGGCGAAAAUCAAAUUAUCGCAGCUGUCGCAACACGGCCAAUUGCUGGAAAGAUAUGGGGCAUGUAUAAGGGUACUAGGCCAGCGGGAUCUGGUCAAACCGGAUGUACUGAAAGCGGUUGACAAGGCGGUGGAAAUGACUAAGAACAAUGGAGACUGUGUGCUGAACAUUUGCUUUCCAUACACCUCCAGAGAUGAAAUCACUGGGGCCAUCAAAAAAACCGUGGACGAAUACUCCAAACCAUUGUCCGCUCAAGCCAGACCGUUCUCACAAACCAGAAUUACUCAGAAAAUACGGUCCAAGAACCUUGACGCAUCGCCACUUCGUGCCGAUUCCCCAACGCCAUCUUCCAACUCUGACGUUGACGAUUCGUUUUCAUCAACCACGACAUUGCAUACUGACUCCCCAAACGGGGGUGGAGAAGCUUCCAUUUACCCAGAUCCGGAAACGAUUACAACUGAUACUAUCGAAUCUCAUCUCCUCACUGCUGGGGAUCCUCCUUUAGAUCUGCUGGUGAGAACGAGUGGUGUCAAGAGACUGAGCGAUUUUAUGCUUUGGCAAUGCCACGAAGACACGGAGCUGGUCUUCCUGGACUGCCUGUGGCCCGAGUUCGACUUGUGGAACUUCCUACCAGUGCUCGUUGAAUGGCAAUGGAAACAGAAGCAUCUCGAAGAUAAAGAGCCUGCGAAUAGUGUCAAGAACCUCAAGACUAAACUAACAUAA